CAAGCGACGAUGAGCAGCGCCUCCGACGCAACAAUCAUCUGCGCAACCGAGGGAUGCGGGAAGCCCGGAAAGAUGAUUUGCCCCACAUGCAAGAAGAUCGGAGUUCCACCCGGCAUCAGUAGCUUCUGCACGCAGGAUUGUUUCAAGCAGUACUGGCCGCAUCACAAGGGUCUGCACAAGAUGUUCACAGUGGACGCGGCUGCGAAAGCCGACAAAUUCUUUGGGUACAAAUUCUCGGGUGCGUUGCGACCUGGCACUGUGAGUGCUAUGAGGACGGUGCCAGACCACAUAGCGCGUCCGGACUACUGGUCCAGCGGGCAGCCCGUUUCUGAGCAACAAGCCGACCGGAGCGCCAAGAUCCCCGUGUACACUGCCAAGGAGAUCGAGGGCAUUCGAUUGGCAUGUCGUCUCGGGCGCGAAGUGCUGGACAUCGCGGGCCGCGCUAUUCGCGUGGGCAUGACGACCGACGAGAUUGACGUCGUCGUGCACGAAGCGUGCAUCGAGCGCGGGUGCUACCCGUCGCCGCUCAAUUACUACAACUUUCCCAAAUCCGUGUGCACUUCUGUGAACGAAGUGAUCUGCCACGGCAUCCCCGACUCGCGUCCGUUGGAAGAUGGAGACAUCCUGAACAUCGACAUCUCCGUGUUCAAGGACGGGUUCCAUGGCGACUUGAACGACACGUUCCUCGUGGGGAACGUCGACGCGGACGGCGUCCGGCUGGUCAAGACCGCGUUCGAGUGCCUCGCCACCGCCAUGGCCAUGGUCAAGCCCGGCACCAUGUACCGCGACCUCGGCCGAGAAAUCACGGCCGUCGCAGAAGAGCAAGGGAUGUCCGUGGUCAAGACGUACUGCGGCCACGGCAUCGGAAGGCUGUUCCACACGACCCCGAACGUGCCGCACUAUGCCAAGAACAAAGCCGUGGGCAUCAUGAAGCCAGGCCACGUCUUUACGAUCGAACCCAUGAUCAACAUGGGGUCGUGGCGGGAUGGCCGGUGGCCGGACGAGUGGACCGCCGUGACCGUCGACGGCGCGCGGUCAGCCCAGUUUGAACACACGAUCCUCGUCACAGAAACAGGGUACGAGAUCCUCACGGCCCGCGAAAACGAACCUGUGAUGACGUGGGACGUGGAAAAGGUGCAGCGGGGGCUGUAGUUAGAUCUACUUAAUACUACAAGUACUUGACACUAGUGUAACACUAACGUUAGAUGAAAACAGUGGUGCUGGACAUG